AUGAUUAAAGCUGUGUGUGUUGAUGAGGACUUCAGACAAUGCAAUUCGGACAGACUUUACUUUAAUGUCAAGUUCAAUGAUAGGAAAGAAAAUGUUUUGAAUCAUCCCAGUCGAGACUAUUUCUCACGCAAGCAAGGCGUCUUCCGUAACCUUCGCCCUGUGUAUGAGCACAGCAGUCAAAAAUGGUACCUUCAAUAUAUAGACGGCUACUGGAUUGUAACAGGAGCGUACUCACCAAGAGGUUCAAACGAUCGCACUAUAAUAAAGAUCAAGGAUUUUGCCCUACGACCAGAGUAUAUCAGCAAGACUUGGUCGGUCCAUUACAGUGGAUGGCGUGAUAUGCCCAAGCUUAGAAUCCUGUGUAGAGGAGUAAAUUCAAAGUCUCACACUUGCCCUUCAAAGCCAUGUGUUAGCAAUUCCACCUGCGUCUACACUUCAGAUAACGAAACAUUGUGUCUCUGUCCUUCUGGAUACUGGGGCGUGACUUGCUCUAGUUAUAAGCAAUGCCCAACUCCUCACCCCUUAGAAGGAACGGAACUUAGCCUUCACUAUCUUGGAAAAGGGCCCGGCGAUCUCGGUUUAUCCUUCUGCAGUGAUUCGUAUCCUUCCGUACGGUUUUCCCUCUGUGUGGAUGCCAAAUACAGCUUUUCUAAACCUUACUGGAGGAGGCAAGGAACCGCCUAUCUCAGCAGCAUCUUUGUCAGCGGCGUCGCAGCUGUGACAACCAAACGUCCCUCGGAAAUUACAACCCCUCGACAUCUUCGAAUAAACUUUGAUGACAACCCUUUAAUAAUCCCUGUGGUUUUAACCUGUGUAACUCUCACUGAAUUGCUCUUGCCAUUUAUUGUCUACUAUUGCGCUAAGUGUAAGAAAAAAUACAAGGAAUGGAGAGAAAAGCGAGAAGACCGGGCAAGGCUGCAGGAAGUUAGCAGGGAACUAGAAAGGGGACUACAACAAGUUGCCCGCGCGGGAAAUCAAGAAGAACGCAACCGAGGCGUUCAGGAUUACCAACGAACCGUCAAAGAGUACCAAAGUGAAAGCGAAGAGAAAGAACUGAGAAGAAAACGAGGCUUGUACAGAAAUGUAAGUUUAUUGAGGCUCAUUUCCAUGCACUCGUUUUUUUCGUUUUAUCUGUGGCUCAUGUAUCUCGGAGGCUGUGAUAUUUCUCAGUGCACUCAGUAUGGGCGGAUUUUCUUCUCCUUGAAAAUUUUUGGCAUGGUUGUGCUAUGCAUCGCGUCUAUAAUCAUCUUCGUAGAAAGCAUCUUCUCACACGAGCUGAGCUACUUACGAAACAUCAUGCAAGACGAGACAGCCUGGGGUUACAUACAGAAAAUGCACGAAGUCGCACCAGUUAUUAGCAUGGUCGUGGAGUGUUACCACUACGAGACAUUCUCGGUUAUUAGGUCCCACAUGGACGCAAACGGAAACUUGCAAUACUACACAGACACUUUUACCCGGAGAGUGUUGACAUUUUUGGACCAAGAGGAGUUCUCGUAUGGCUCGUGGGUUGACGUUUCCAAACGAGAAAUGCCGGCGCCCAAGGAAGUAUCUCUUACUCGUGUGAGAAUCGAUCCGUGUAUCAUGUUUGGUGAUCAGGAGACAGCUGAUGAUUAUAAAAUGCAAGUGGCAGCCAUGAUAGAGAGGAACCGUUUCCGAGAUGACUACACGGAUUUCUCGGCAAGAGGAGAAAUUCCUGGGCUAGAGAGGAGGAUCGCAGCUUACGUGGAUUUGAGCGUGAAACCCUGGUGGAUUCAUCCUCUGUACUUUUGGCUUGCCACGCUGGUUCAAAUGACUUGGCCUUAUCGAUGGCUGUUCAGAGCCAAGACCAGUAAAAAUUAUUACUCUCUAAAGAAGAAGAUGUAUAAGAGUACAACCCCACCAAGGGAAGCAGAUCUUAUGGAUCCGAUACCAAUGCUGGAAGGUGAUGCACCGUCCACUGACUUCAGCGUUCCUGAGAGCAACCAACUCAAUGAUGGAGAUCGUUAA